AUGCGAACUCGAUUUCUCGGCAAGGAUUACUUCAAUUCCGCUCAAUUUCCAGCCGGCGAUUUCCUCCGCCUCCCUCUUCCACACCUCCCUACUUCGAACACCUCCAUUUUUGAAGACCUUCAUUGUUUUGACGAACUUCCUACACUUAGUAUCGAUGUUGAAAUCGAGAGAUUUCCGAUUGAGAAAACUCUCUCUCGCUUCUUCUCAUAUGUCUUUCCGCACAGGAUUGAUGUUGAACUUGCUGAGUUCGCAGAUCCUCGGCCGUUCGCCGGAAAGCUUGACGUUGACGAGCAGGGAAGUUGCAGUCCCGAGGAAACAAGCGGAAUUACUACAGAGGGGACUAUGGUUUCCUAUGGCAAGGGGAAGGACAAUCUCGAAAUGGUCCAAUUUGAAAUUCCAGAGCUGGAUUCAUCUUCACUUCAAUUGCUAGAAGAUAUCCCUCAUUUUGGAAAGGAGAACAUGCUGAUUCUGUCUGAGAUUUCAGAUGAUGGAAAUAAGCUGGAUAUGCCUGGUCUUGAAGUUAGGCUGCAACAUUCCCUUGACACUCUGCAAUCAAUUUGUUCAGUGGAUGACAUUUGUUCUGUGUCUUUUCUGGAGAAAAGCUCUGAUUGGCUUGAAGAUAGUGGUUUCAGUCAGGGGAAACAUCAUUCUAGUACAUAUGUCUUUCCUCUUCUCGAAGUCGAUGAGGCAGGUUUGGGUAUUGUCAGCGACAACUCUAUAAAGGAGAAAGUUCUAAUCUUUGAAAAUAUUGAGCUUCAGUGUGAGACACCAGGAAGUGAAGGAAUGGGUAACAUAAAUGAGCUUUUGGAUUCCACAAAGUUUGACACAUUGCAAUACCUGUCAAAUGGUAGUUCAGCAACGGACUGCCUUGAAGUUGAGGUUCCGUGCUUGAAUUUCUCUUUAGAGAUGAAUUUGAUAAGUAUUAUUGAACUUGAGAAAAACUCGGUGAUUCAUCAAGGCAUAGAAAAUGAUGGUCCAAUUUGGGUAGGAAACCCUAUCAUUUUUGAUGAACUGCAAUUCUUUGAUUCAGACCUUUAUACUUUUGGUGAAUUGCUGUCUGAAGUAAAAGUAGACGUUGAGGAUACAUGUGACCUGAUGUUGAGGGAGGCUGACAAUUUCAGGAACUUCGACGAAUUGAUUGUUUCCCAUGAGCUCAUUCCUGUGGAUAAUUCUUUCAGAUCACUGCCUGUGCCGCUAAUUUCUGAGAAUGGAGAUAUAAAGUCAUUGCACUUGUGUAUUAAGGAAAUCCUAGCUGAGUUGGAGCCACAGUCUUCCUCCAUGUCUGAUGGAUUAUACUUAGAUUGGCAUUUUGUGGAAGAAGAGAAAUGCAAGUGUCGAGAAGACUUCUUCAAUUUAUUGGGAGAGAUAGAUGCUAACAACAUUGACCUUUGCUUGAAUUUCAUCGACAAUGAGAUGCUUGUAUCAAACUUUCUUUUCUCUAGUGAUAGUCCACAAGAACCAAACAGAGUGGAGAGCAAAGAAAUAUUGAGUUUACCUUCAAAUGCCAUUCCUGUUUCUCCCAUGCCUCAUAACAUAGAAGUGUCAACUAAGUUUCUGAAGGAUGGAAAGUUCCCAAUUGAAGGAGUAUCAUCCCAAUGUAGUUCUAAAAAGGCAUCUUUGUUUGGUGACUCCUGGUCAGAGUUUAAUGAUCUUGAUUUUUUCUUAAAUCCAAAAGAGUAUGGUAGAGACAAAGACUAUAAACCAGCUGACAGUUCCAUUGAUACCAAUACCAUGGUCCGGAGCAGAUUUCUCUCUUCUGAUACCACACUAGUACAACCUCAGCAAUGGAAUAUCAAUGUGCAUCAAAUAUUGUUGUCUUCUGAUAUUCUACUUCUAAUUGAUGAUCUUAGGAAAAUCUUUCAAGUUAUCUUUGAAAGACGGAGAGAGUUAAUUGAGACUCAGGAUCCAUCUCAAGCUGUGGACGAUAUUGCUAUUCUCCGCCUUCCAAAGAAAAAGCUCAUCGACUUGAUUAAGAAAAGAAGUCUGUACAGGACGUCUUUGUUCCAGGAUGGUGAUAACACAAUAUCAUUGGUCACAUUGUGCGCGAUCAAACAGAUGGUUUGGUACCUGUGCUACUAUGGUCUGCAUACAACAUAUCUAUACAUAGAAAAGUUGUACAGAAGGUUGCAGGAAUUGAACUCUAAACUUGACUUCCUCUACAACCUCAUAAAAGAUGUGCAUCAGAAGGGUGAAAAAGAUAUACAUAAGUUCCAUCCAUCGCUUUCUGUUAUUAAAGAUAUACUGCAGUCGUUUGUGAGCAAGGGUAGUUCAAAAAUAUUGGUUGUGGCUGAGCCAGUGUUCUGGUGGUCAUUGAAGAAACUAUUAACUUCCAUGAAUAUUGCAUUUAGCCAGCCACAUAAUGGACAAAAGAAUGAUUUUUACAAAUUAGAAGAUGCCAGCAUGCAAAUGAUCUCACAUUGCUGUUUAGUAACCCAAGAGCAUCUGUCUGCCUCAUUUCCAUUUGAAAAAUUUGAGAUCAUCUUGGAAUAUGGAGGUUCACAAGGAUCAUCUAAAGUAUCUUCCAUCUUGCUUAAGUCAGAUAGAGUUCCUCCUCUUCAUUUCCUUAAGGUGGAGCUGGAGGACCCCAGUGUUGCAAAAGCACUUUGUGAUGGCGUUGACAUGCCCAACACAGAUGAACCUAGUAUGGGGGGAGGUCCUCACUCUUUCUCUGCUCUCAAUGAGAUUGACGUUACAGUUGAAGAACUGCUGAAUUUCCUUCCGGUGGAAAAGAACAUGGCGACAUUACUGGGAAAUGAAGCUUGCUCUGCUGCAGCUCAACAUGCAGUGUUCAGUUUAGGAUCUGAGCAAAAUCGUGGAAGCACAGAUAGCUGUCCUGAGACAAUCAUUAUAGUUAACACACACAAUUUUGAUAAGGAAAUGGUAAUUUCAAGGAGAACUACAUACCAAAAGAUUCUUGCGUUCGAGAAGAAAGGAGUACAGGUUGUAGAGCGUGAUUUACGUCAGCCUGUCGAUAUUAUAGUCAGUGCAUCAGCUUGCCUUGCUUGGUAUGACUGCAAAAACAUUGCAAAGAAAGCUACUGCCCCCGAUGAGGCUUUCUCUUGCUUGCCUCUGUGUGUUGAGAAUAUUGCAGCAAGUAUUUUGACGUCACUCAGUUUUGCUUUCAGUGUCUGCAUCCUGGUCUUUGAGGGAGAAAGCAACUUUAUAUCAGGAAUUAUGGAGUCAUCUGAUGAGCUCUACGCUGCGGCUGCUAGCUUGGGCAUGGAUAUACAGAUCUUUUAUUCAUAUUCUUCUGAGAUGACUGAUGAGAUCAUAUUAUCGUGUAUCGAACUUUCCUCGAGGACAAGCAGAGGGCUCUAUUCUAAGAUGCCUGAGUCACAAACGCUGGCAGAAUCCUUCCUUACUGCAUUUCCUUCAAUCAAUUCACUCUCAGCUCAUGCAAUAUUGUCUUCAGCAGGCUUGCUUGUUGAGUUUCUGGGAUGGACUCGUGAACAUAGAAUUCAUGCAGUUCAAAAAUAUCAAGUUCCUGAUGAAAGCAUCAUAUUACUGAGUGCUUUGAGCAGAUUUGGGGAACGGGAGGAUUCUAAAUCGGUAAUGACAGAUUGCUCCUCUUCAGUUUCUUCUGCUCCAGACUCUGAAAGUCUUCAUUUCAAAAGAACCUAUGGGAGGACGAAACGAAAAACCACCUGGGAUAUUGAUAAUCUGAAUAUACCUACAAGGGAAGUAUAUGAUCUUGAUCCACCGAGAACAUUUUCUGAAGGCAGACUUCAUCAUCCCAGAGCAUCUGGCCUGCGUGAUUCUUUGAUUUCAGAUGAUAUCAACUUGUUUGAUGAAUUUGGGAAGUCUAGCUUAACAUUUGACAACGAACCAUGCGUUCACAGGCAGUCAUUAGACACCUAUGUGACAAAAGAUCUUUUUAAAGUAACUGAUCUCUGUGACUACCAGAUGACUAAUAAUUCACAGAUGGGAGGUGGUGAUAUAAAUAAAUUCAGGGCUCCACAAAUUGAUGUGUGUUUGCAUCCAAGAGAGGGAGUUGAUGUGGGUAUGAUGAACAAAUUGGGUAGACAAAACAACUAUUCAGGAAAUUUUACAGAUCAUAUCACAGGUGAGGUUAUUAACAUUGAUGAUACUGUCGGAUCUGGCAAAGCCUUUCAUAAUGCAAAAUCCAAGUCCUUUUCUACCCAGGUGCAUGCAAUGGAGACUCCUACAACAGGAAUUCCUACAGCUGCUAAAAAACUCUUUUUUGGAGCAAGUGAUCUAGAAUUUCUAAAUACUGUGGAAAUUGGCUCUAGCCUAGAUGCCUACACUUCUGUGAGAGACCUUGGGCAAGGAUCAAGGCAAGGACUGGGACAGCAUUUAAAUGCAGGUUUCAAUCAUAAGAAGAUUCAAUUUAAGCACCAGAAAUGGGUCCCAGAUGAGGGUAUAUCCCAGAAAGUAAUAUGUGUGAGUGAUCUGAUGAAGCAAGAAAAGAAUGCAGCCAGUUAUGGAGAAACACCACUCUCAAACGCACUUCAAUCCACUCCAUUGCAGCAAGGAUCACCCUGGACAAUUGAAUUUCUGAACAGAAUCAGGGAAAAGAGUCGGUCACGUCAGCAAUCUGUCCCAUGUGACUUAUCUGCUCCUUGUUACGGGUACCCUGGGAAACCAUCAAAAGUUACAAAGAGAAAGAGUCCCUCUACUCUGGAACUUUACAAGUACCAAGGAAACAGUUUCCAAGAGGCAGCAACUAGGAGAAAGAGGCGUAUGAAAUGCAUGCAGCUACCAGCAUCCUCUAGUGAGAAGGCUUCAGAUCGUCCUAUUUCAUCAUGGACACCCGUUGAUAAAAGAGCAAAACGGGAGCUAUCCUUUGCAACAAGCGGAAAUGGAGGGCAAACUAAACUGGUAUGGAAUGACAAGAACUCUCAUACAUUGGGAAGACGAUAUUAACUCUCACAUAUGAGGUAUACUGGGCCAAUACAACUGAGCUCUCAGUAAGUGUAAGUCAU